AUGGUGGCUCUCAAACAUUUCUUACAACUAGGCUGCAUGUUGGCUGUGGUGAGCGCCGACUGCACCAAGAAGCAACAGCCUGUGGUAGAUCUUGGCUAUGAAAUAUACCAAGCGACUGGAGCCAGCAAUAACUCGGACAGCUAUUAUAGCUUCUCCAAUAUCCGAUAUGCUGCUCCCCCGGUUGGCGAUCUUCGAUGGAAACAUCCUAUGCCUCCCCUGACCAACCGGUCGACCAUUCAAUCCAACUCGGAGUCAAUCAGCUGCACUCAAGCAACACCCACCUGGCAAUUGCGUACCUCACAGUACCUAAACGAUUACCUGAAGACAGGUAUUGUUCCCAAUGUCUCCUACAGCGACAUGUCCGCGAUCUCCGCCGGUGGAGUGGAGGACUGCCUGUUUUUGGAUGUCCAGGUGCCUCGCAAGAUAUUCGAUAGUCCCAAAAAGGAUAGAAAGCUCUCGCCUGUUUUGGUUUGGAUCCAUGAAGGCGGAGGUUUCACUACUGGGUCCAAGACCUCUUUUGGAUCAUCCAAAGGCUUAAUUGAACGCAGCCAAGCUGGUGGCUCGGAAGGCGUGGUAUACGUUGCUCUUAACUACCGACUGGGUGCGUUCGGCUUUCUAUCUGGGUCCUCAUUCGAAAAGCAAGACGGUGUACUCAAUGCUGGGCUUUACGAUCAACGACUUGCUUUGCAGUGGAUCCAGGACAAUAUCUAUCGGUUUGGAGGAGACAAGAACCAAGUGACCGUCUUUGGCGAAUCUGCAAGUGGCGGUUCCAUCAUGCAACACAUCGUCGCUCAUGGGGGAGCAGGGCCAUCCCUUUUCAACCGGGCCGUGCUGCAGUCUCCCGGUUUCUUCCCCUACAGGUCCUCCCAUAGCCAAGAGAAGACCUUUAAGGACUUCCUCGCCUUGACAAACGUUACCUCGCUGGCUGAAGCCCGUCAGCUACCUUCGGAUGUGCUGAUGUCGGCCAAUUCAAUCUCAGUCGGUGUCUCGCAGCCGUACGCUUCGGCUGUCUACGGACCUACGCCAGAUGGCGGCCUUGUUAGGGAAGACCCCAAGACGCUACUCCGCCGUGGAGAGUAUGACCGGUCCGUGGAUAUUGUGGUCUCGCACAACACAGAUGAGGGCCUAGUGCUUAUUCCAGCGGUGCAUACUAAUGAGGAAUACGAGAAGCUCUGCCAAGAGAUCUACCAUCGAUCAUAUCACUCAGACUCUCUAUCCUCCCGUGUUCGACGGAUCCAAGGGAUACACCAACAACUACGAGAGAGCGGCCUUGACGGGGGUGAUAUCAUCAUCGGAUGCAACGCGGUUGCAUUGAGUUCUGCAUUCAAAGAUUCUUCCCGUGCCUACGUCUUCGAUAUGUCGCCAGGUAUUCACGGACAGGACACCACAUAUACCUUUUACACUCCAAACCAGAAAGUUUCAUCUUUCGGCCUGAUUAACACUGGGGCCGUAAACCAGACUGUUGCAUUUGUCAUGCAGGACUACAUCCUCUCCUUUGCCAAGCAUGGCACCUUGAGCAGCUCCGUUGAUGGUCUGGGUUCGAUUCCAGCUUUCGGCUCGCAGGCAAAGGCCGUGCGUCUAACCAGCGACAAUAUCACAAUCUCUCAUGACCUGGCCAACCCACGAUGCCAAUGGUAA